AUGCCGCGGGAAGACGGCGCGGCACAAGCAGAUGCCGACGGGAUGAAGGACAUGUCGCAGAAAAUGCCGACACUGGGAAACCGGAUCAUGGUGCUGAAAGAAGGCUGGGUCGCGCUGAUACUGAGCGGCACAAAAACCAUGGAGCUGCGCAACCAGCCAGCAAAAACAGGACCAAUCUGGAUUGGAUUCGAAGGUCGCGUCUAUGCCCACGCAGAAAUUUCAGACUGCAGGCAGAUGUCGCAGGAGAUCUACGAAGAAACCAGAGCACAACACCGCCACAUGGGCAAAAUGAAACAAGGCGACUCGCUGUACGGCUUGGUGCUGACGAACCUCGUCCAACUAGCGCAUCCAAUCGACUACUACCAGAAGCCCGCAACGGUGCUCUGGGAGAACUUCAGGACUGGACCGGACGAAAAGCUCCCCCCCCGCAGAGCUUCAAAGCGCGCACAAGAAAUGCGGGCUUUACAAGAUGCUCGCGAGGAUGACGAAACCUCGGAAAUCGACGAGAGCCCCGGGUGCAAGAACACAGAAGAAGAAGAUCGGCGGGGAAAAGACGGCGGAGACGCCACGCGGCCAAGCACGGAGCGACAAGGAGCAUCCACAAAAAGACGCCGGCCUCGCAAAUCCGCCCUCCCGCCAAUCUAUUUGGUUCAAGAGCCCUCGCCUCCAAGCACCGCAGAGAAGGCAGUCCAGCGCGAAGAUGGCCAGCAAGGAGUCCAGGACACGGAGAAUGCCACGACGGACGCCGACAGCGACUGCUCCACAAAGGCCCGCACCGCCGCUGUGCCGGCUGCACAGGCCACGCCACCAGAGA